GGUUAGCUGGUCCAGAUGUCGGAGGACCACCGGCCCCGGCGGGCCGAAGCCUCCCGGCGGGGGGAUGGCGGUCUGGAGGCGGGGGAGGGCGACACGGAGCCCAGCAUGUUGCAGCAGAGACUGAAAAACAACAUCUCAAAGAGCGUUCAGACCAAAGUGGAUCAGAUCCUGCAAGACGUCCAGCGUUUCUCCGACAAUGACAAGCUGUACCUGUACCUCCAGUUGCCCUCGGGACCCGGCUCCGGAGACAAGAGUGUCGGGGACUCCAGCUCGUUCAACACAGCCGACCAGCUUCACACCUGUAACUGGAUCCGCAGUCACCUGGAGGAGCACUCGGACACCUGCCUGCCCAAACAGGACGUCUACGAGACGUACAGGAGAUACUGUGAGAACCUGCAGCAUCGACCUCUGAGCGCCGCCAACUUCGGGAAGAUCAUCAGAGACAUUUUCCCCAACAUCAAGGCCCGACGGCUCGGGGGCAGAGGACAAUCCAAAUACUGUUACAGCGGCAUCAGGAGGAAGACGGUGCUCAACAUGCCUCUGCUGCCGAACCUGGAUCUGAAGAACGACCCGGCGGAGCUGACGGAGCUGGUUCAGACCUACAAGCAGGAAGUGACAGAGGCGGCAUGUGAGCUGAUCUGUGAUUGGGCUCAGAAGAUCCUGAAGCGUUCCUUCGACACGGUGGUGGAGAUUGCUCGUUACCUGAUCCAGGAGCACAUUGUAAACCCUCGCUGCAGCCAGGCUGAGCUGGUCACUUCUGCAGCGCUCGCAGGAGGUCCAGCCAAACCCCACAAGGUCAUCAAGAAAGCUCCGGUUGUUUCGAAAGCUGAUUCCGAGGGAGCCGCAGAUCAGAAGAGGGAGCCUGGAGACCCGUCCUCACUGAAGCUGCCGUCUGGAGACAAAUCAUCCGCCACCAAGCCCUCCUCCCUGGAUGCUCCGCCCCCUCCCUCCUCCUCCUCCUCCUCCUCUUCUUCCUCUCUGCGCCCUGCGGUGGAGGCGUUCAUGAAGCAGUUACCCAGAAUCCUCCCCCGUAGCUCAAUCCCCGAUAAAACCCAGCUCUCUGUCCGCUCGUCUCCGCCCUCUCUGGCGCCCAAGGACGCCUCAGGUGUCGGGGGGGUGUCUGGACCUGGAGGUCCGGCUGCUGCCGCUGCUGCCAGCGGGGUUGGGGUGAAGGUCAUUGCCAUGGCAACGUUGCCCCAGCAGCAAGGCGGCCCUGUCCCGGUGAUGAUCUUGCCUCAGGGCUGCCUGUCCUACGAGAGAGAGAAGGUCGCCCCGCCCCCCCCACCUCUGCCUCCUUCUCACCCGCAAAACAGCCCAGCAGCCCCCACCUCUGUGGUCCAGAAGGCUCGAGGGAAUGUCACCAAGCGCCCCCUGGAGGUGGGGACGUCAGCUGGUGCACCAGGCAUGUGUGGUGGCUCUGCUGCCAACACUCAUCCAGUGAAACGGAAACGUGGCCGACCAAGGAAACCGAGGCCAGAGGACGCGCUGCUUCCUCAGCCUCCUUCUGUUCUUCCUCCUCAGCCCCCACUCCAUGCACCUCCUUCCCACCCUCCCAUCAUCACCUCCCUGACCGGUGGUGUCAUCCAGAAAGCAUGCUCUUCCUCGUCCUCCUGCUCCUCACAGCCAGUACUGGAGCUGGUGAUCCAGGACCAGCCCGGCCUGGUUCUGAGUCAGCUGCCGGCGCUGUCGGAGCAGCGCGACGUGGUGAUACAGUGUCAGCCGCGGGGGGGGUCUGAGCCGGAACGCCACUGUCGACCGCUGCUGCUGCUCCAGGCUCCAGGGAAGCCCAGCUGGGAGCUGGCGGCAUCAGGACGGACGCCGAUGGUGGAGGUCAUCCAGAAGGCUCCAAGACCAAGCAAUAACAAGAGCAGCGCUUCUGUCCCCGUGGCCCACCUCCCCCCCCCUCCUCCCCUUCCCUUGCCCUUGCUACACGAGGCGCGGGGGGAGGUCGAAAUAAUGUUGACACCGGUGGAGCUGCACGUCAACCCUCCGUUGCCUCUUCCCAGCUCCUCCUCCUCUGCUGCUCCCGCCCCCUCGCCGUCUAUCUCCUCCUCCAUGGGGGGGAGGGGCCAGGAAGAGGAGGGGGGGCGACGAGAGAGCAGCACCUCCUCAAAGAGAGAGGGACAUUAGCCCCUCCCUCUUUUCUUUUUAACAGCUCUCACUACGCUUUACCUCACCUGCAACUCUGCCCCCUGACCUCUCCUGCUCCUUAUUGGUGGAAAUCCCAGAUUGGCGACAGCAGAGAGCCAAUGAGGAUAGAUGAAGCCAACACACUUUGUUUCCAUUGCACUGUAAACAUAUGCUGUUAGAAACCUGUGAUACUGUGUGUGUGUGUGUGUGUGUGUGUGUGUGUGUGUGUGUGUGUGUGUGUGUGUGUGUGUGUGUGUGUGUGUGUGUGUGUGUGUGUGUGUGUGUGUGUGUGUGUGUGUGUGUGUGUGUGUUUGUUUUCUUCCUCCCUGCCUCCUCAUUCUCUAAACCUCCUGGUUGAGGCCGUCUGCUUCAGAUCAAUGGAUUUAAAGAACAGAAAAGAAGCACAGAUGAGACGUGUGUUCAGUAUUGAGUUCGCCUCUAGGUGGCGCCGGUGAGCUGCAGUAGUAACUACGGGUUAGAAAUGAACUGGACAUUCAGCUCAGUUCAUUUGAUGUUUGAGACGUUCUCAGCUGCAGAGUUCCUCUAAUGUCUCAGGGCAAUAAAAGGUGUUUGUACACGUAGAGUGAAUGGAUGGACGCUGGAGGACGAGAAGAUGAGAGGACGUGAAGACGAGAGGACGUGAAGACGAGAGGACGUGAAGACGUGAAGAUGAAAGGAUGAAAAACGUGCAGCAGCAGAAAAGUUGGAGGUUUGAGUGAAUGUGACCUUUUUGGGGGGGGCGCUUUGAUUUCAUAACAUUUAAUUUGUUCAAGGAAAUUAUUUAUUUUAAAUAUAUUUAAAACAAACAGUCGCCACGUUUUUACAUUAAUGUGGAGGUGUGUUUUACACUCGUCUGGGAUUGGUCGGGCUAAGGAUCAUUUGAAUCACCGACUUUUUUUAAUUCAUUAUAUAAAAUUCCACGGUCUCAGAUUUAAGUUUUGAAGUUUAUUGGAUGUAAACUGAGUAUUUUAGUUUUCUGUUUUAUUGUUACAUUUUUUAAUCUCCAACAAUGUUCGACAUUAGCACUUAAUAGCACCGCUCCUCCAGCAGAGGUCGCUCUGAGGCAGUGGAAAGCUUUGGGAUCGCAGAGCAGCUAACCAGUGUUGAAAAACGCGAUGGAAUGAAAUCGUACUUUUACUACGGAAACUUUUUUUUCUGUUUUAAAUAAUUUCAUUAAAAGUCAACCUGAGCAACUUAAAGAAACUUCAAACUGAUCGAUUAUCAGUAAAUUAAGGGUUACGGUCUCUGUUUAUUGUUUUAAUACAGAUUCAUGUUGAUCUCAGUAGUUUAUUAUUCGGAUAAAUUCAAAGUUUGAAUUAUAAGAAAAUGGCGAAAAACUAUUUUCGCUUCAAAAUGAACUAAAAUAAUUUAUUUUUAAAACUGUCUCGUUAAUUUAAUGUUGAUUGAUCGUUUUAGUUCUGGAAAAAAAUUUCCUAAAGCAGGAUCUUUAAAUUAUUGUUAAUUUCAGAAUAAAAUCCUGCGUUGAUUUAGAAACGAACGUGUUCCUGCUCUUCUUCUUCUCUGGAGUCGGGAGGAGUUUGUUUCGCACCGCCAUCCCUACACUUUUCUCAUCCUGUAAACACAACAAAGAACAAAAUGUUUUUGUGAACACUCGCACAACGAGGUGUUAAUACAGCUGCUGUGUGUGUGUUUGUGUGUUUGUGUGUUUCCCUCCGUCCUGUGACAUUGAGAGCUUCAGGGCAGUUAAAGUGAAAAGACUUUAAAUCCUUUUUGCAUGAUAUGAAAAUGAGGUUUAGUGCCAUGAACUGAGCAAAGUUUAGCUCACAUGCUAACGGCUGCAGCGCCACCAAUAAUCAUAAUUAAAAAAAAAAUCAUAACAAAAAUAAAAAAGUUUGACGGGAAGUGAGUGAAUAUCGGCACCAGGUGGAAAACGUCUGAGUUUGUCUUUGAGCCUCGAACAGAGAUGAGGAAAGUUGCACUGUGAAAACAAGAGAAGGUCAUGAUGCUGUCACCGAGCAGCAGACUCUUUAUUUUAUAUUAAAAUUAAAACAGAUGGAAUAAAGAGGAAAAUAUUUCCUGUCAUUGUAAAGUUCAGUAACUGGAUGACACGGAGGCGUGAACUCCGUCACAUGACUCUGACUCUUGGCUGUAGAAACAGACAAUGACUCGUCUCCACCUCCUCCAGAAAAGAAGCUAAAAUAUCUUCGAUGUAAACGCUGCCAUCUUGUGGUGAUGACGUCGUUUACAGUCCCAGACGGCACAGAAGGGACCGUGGAGUGGAGGUGUGGUAUCGAGGCCCCACCCAUAUACACUAUCAACCAAUCAGGAGUCAGUCUCAGCUGUCAAUCAAGAUGUGUCAGUCGAUGAUUUGGCUUCACUUUUUAAAAAGCUGUCAUGUCCUCCAUCUUUACAGUUUGUGGUUCAGCCCUAAAACUUUCUGUGUUAGAUUUAGUGACAUCCAGUGGUGAAGAUGCAAAGUGCAACCAGGUUGUUUGUAUGAGAUGUUUGUGUGAAUCGUUCACUGUGGAGCCGUGGAGCUCAAAAAGAAACGGGUCAGAGAAUCAAAGAUUAAACGAUCGGGAUUCGGGUAUCAGCGCGUUGACUUUAAAGGAUCAGACUCAACCGCACAACAUCCUCUGAUGUCACUUCCUGUCUGAUGCAUCAUUUUUUAAUUUGUAAUUUUGCUUUUUUAUCUAAUUUUAUUUUUAUUAAGGUUUUAAGUUAAAUGUUUGUUCACCUUCACUUCAAGAGCCAUCAAAGGUUUUGCACUGAGAAUAUUUUCAUUCAGUUUCCUGUGACGAAUUUAUUCAAAGCUGAUUUCAAUUUUGAACGAGGUUUCAGAUCUGUUAUGAUCUUUGUGUUUGAAUUCCAAAUUGAGUUAAAUAAUAAAAGCAAUUUAAUAUGACAAAUUUAAUCUCAAGUUCUCUGACUGUUGCUCUCAUUGGGCCGUCCAGGUUGCUUGUCAGUCAUGUGACAGUCGUCAAGGUUCAGUUUAUCGAGUUGCUUUUUGUUUUGUUUGUUUUUUCAAACCAUGUGACCUGAACGACCCUGAGGUGACGUUAACAUAUUAGAGGAGAGACAAACGUUUUCAGAAAAGAAACUUGAUCCAAAGACACUUUUGAUAAAUAUAUCCCCAGUUUGAAUCAGAAGAUAAAAGAGUCGGUGAAGGUGCAUCUUUGGUUUUAGUGACGAUGAGCUUUUCCCGGUCCAACGAAACAGUCAGAGUUUUAUUCUGAAAUUAUUUUCUUGAGCUCAUUUGAAUUCAUUUAAAAUAUAAAUGUAUGUGAACAGCAGAAGGAGCUCUGUCUCUGUUUCCCUCAUCGCUUGGAGCUUCGUGCAGAUACAUUUCAAUCAUCAGUGCUGUAACUAAAGUUUGUUUCUCUUUCUGUUGUUUUAACUUCCUGUUGUCUCUUUCAAAGUUGUACAGUUUGUCGAUGUGCAGAUCUUAUUAUGAUUCUUACUGUUGCUAUGACGAGUUUGUUGCAUGGUUUCUGUGACUGUCGGGUUUUGUAUUUUUAUUCUUUUAAAAUGUCUGUUUUUAACCUGCUGGCUUUUCUUUUUCUUUUGCACUUUAUCCCUGAAAUGAAAGUUUGAAGGUCAAAGGUCAACAUUUGUCCACAUGUGAAAAAUAAAAUGAACCUUUGCCCAUUU